GACACAUGUCACACUGUUACAUCUAUUGAUUAAAUAUUCUGUGAUGGGGUUAAAAAAAAUUAUAUAUUGAAUUAUAACGUUUAUUGAUACAAGUGUUUUUGUUUGUGUAAAAUAAUUCUACAAUGGCCAAAGAAAUUCAAAUUGUUUUCGUAUAUGAUACCAAAUUAUCAAAAGAUGAUGAUAUUUUGGAGCAUAUUUUAUAUUUUUAUCCCACAUGGGUGUCAAAUGAUCAGAAAACAUCGUUGUGCGGUCAAAUCAUCGGCUCAUUACAAUGUAUGCAAAAUUUAUUUUCCAAACCUGUUGUGAUGUCAUUGAAUAAUGGAAAAUUCGUAAUUAUUCAACACGGGACAUUCUUUAUAGUUAUGGGUUCUGAUAAGAACACUUCUAGUUUGGUUUUGCAACUCUGGGCUAAAAGUUUAUUAUCUUUGAUUCAUUUUUUUCAUAAUGAUUUACAUUUUUUACAAACAGACUCUAAAGAGGAUUUACCAAAAAAACUUCAGGGUAUUAUUAAAGAUUAUUUAAAAAUGUUAUCAAUUUCUGAAAAAGUACUUGUACAAAAACCAAUGCUGUUCAUGCCAAAGGGUUUUGAUGAUAUUUUCAUUCAAGCCCUACAUAUAUUGGAAUGUUGUAAAAACUCUAAGCACGUGUUGGGAGGAAUUAUUAGCUAUCACAACAAGUUAAUAGCUUCCCAACUUCCUUUUGCAUUAACGCAAUUUCUUCAAUUAACCGAUGCUGGAAUUUUAUGUUCAGCAAAAUCUUUUAAACCUUCGAUAAAGUUACCGGAAGAAGUAGUUUUGUACGAAGUUUAUUUAUCUCAAAAUGAAUAUUCGAAAUUACUCAAGGAAUCGCUUAAAAGUGAUAUUUUUAAUAAACUGUCUGAUGGGUUUCCAAAAAAGCAUUCUGAAAACAUACCAAACCCAGAAAACACUUCAGUUUUGUUCACAAUGAAAAAGGAACAAUCUUUGCUGUUCACAAGUGUACCGGAAGAACCUUCUUCGAUGUACGAGGGCAAUCAAAUACCCAAAACGAAAAAAUCUCGACCGAGAUUCCUGAAUUUGGAUAAUACGACUUCGAAAAACUUUUCAAAAAAUAAAAAGCCUCGAGAACCAAUCAACAAUCAAAUUAUAACUUGUAAUACUCCGUUUCAAGAAGUUAAAAAGAUCGUACACUACAAUCCUUUAUCUAUUUGCCAUAACGAAGAAACUAAUCGAAGAAAUCCAACUGGAGAUAGCGAAAAAUUUGUUUAUAAAGAUAUAAAACUGGAUCUUGGACAAAAUUAUAAAACUAUAGCUGAUCCGACGUUUCCUAGAUUCAAAAGAAAUGGCAAACAGAUUUCGUAUUCAUAUUAUUUGGAAAGUGAUCCGGGACGAAAUUUGAAAAGCAAAAGCUUGGAGGAACUGAAAGGAUUUAAUCAUAUUUCACCAGUUGAGGAUAAUUUAUCGAAAAAAGAUUAUUUUAUACCAGAUAAAUCCAAAUUGUUCAAUCUCUUUAAUAACAAGUCGAAAGUAACCACGAAUGUAUCAAAAAUAAAUUUCGAUUUUAAUAAUAAAAAAUCAUCGAAUCGUACACGCGACUACAACGAAAAUACUAGACAAAAAUGCAUUUUAUUUCGAUGGGAUAAAUGUGAUAUUUCCGUUGUUAUGUUAUUCAAAUUAGAUGUUGUUCAAAAUCAAGACUCCAUACCAUUUAUAUGUGAGCUAAGUUGUAAAAAUCUAAGUAAAUUAGAAAGAAAAAUGAGAUACAAUAUGGAAGUGCAAAAAUCACGUGAAAAAAAAUAUAAAUACAAAUUCGUUUCGCAAAGUAAUAGUGCGUUGUGGAAUUUAUCGAAUGGAGGCUGGAGAGAAUUAUUGGUUUUUAGCGAAGAGUUUCGUACCCUCAACAUAACGGAAAUUGCCAUAAGAUCCGAUGAUGCCAUGUCUUACGGUUAUUACUAUGGACCUAAUAAAUUAUUUUAUAACGAAGUUACGAGUUGUAGUGGAGGGUUACCUUUUCCAGCGGAUCCUAUGGGCGUAUUACAAAUUAAAGCGAAAAGAAGACUAGAGGCUGAUUAUGGUUUAGUUUUAUUUUAAAUUUUGUCUAAUAAAGAAAUAUUUCAA